GCGAUGGCUGUGGGCACAUAGUGUCCUAUCAGGACAGUGGCACCAUGGCAUCCAAGAAUUAUCCACGGACUUACCCCAAUCACACGACGUGUGAGAAGACAAUCACAGUACCGAAGGGGAAGAGGUUGAUUCUGAGGUUAGGAGAUUUGGAUAUUGAGUCCCAGACCUGUGCUUCUGACUACCUGCUCUUCACCGGCAAUUCCAAUCAGUAUGGACCAUAUUGUGGAAGUAUGAAUGUUCCCAAAGAACUCUUGCUGAACACAAAUGAAAUAACUGUUCGCUUUGCAAGUGGAUCCCACACUUCUGGGCGGGGCUUUUUGCUGACCUAUGCCAGCAGCGACCAUCCAGAUUUGAUAACGUGUUUGGACCGAGCUAACCAUUAUUUGGAGACAGAAUACAGCAAAUUCUGCCCAGCUGGUUGUAGAGACAUAGAAGGAGACAUUUUUGGGAACAUGGCGGAUGGAUAUAGAGAUAACUCUUUAUUGUGCAAGGCGGCCAUCCAUGCAGGGAUAAUUGCAGAUGAACUGGGCGGUCAGAUCAGCGUGUUCAAGCACAAAGGGUUAAGUCGAUACCAAGGAAUCCUGGCCAAUGGUGUGCUCUCAAGGGAUGGUUCCCUGUCAGACAAGCGAUUUCUGUUUGCCCCCAACGGUUGCAGCACAUCCUUAAGUUUGGAAACAGAUGGGCAAAUCAGAGAUUCUUGGCAGUGGGUCGAUGAGUCCAGAGAACAAGCUCAUUGGUCUUCCGGCCAAGCCCGACGUCAGGACCAAGGCCCAUCAUGGUCUUCGGGGGACAGCAGCAAGAAACACAAGCAAGAGUGGCUGGAAAUAGAUUUGGGAGAGGAGAAGAGAAUAACAGGAAUUAGGACCACAGAAUCCACACAUCCAAAUUUCAACUUUUAUAUUAAGAGUUUAAUGAUGAACUUCAAAACCAACAACUCCAAGUGGCGGACCUACAAAGGAACUGUGAAUAAUGAAAAAAAGGUGUUUCCGGGCAACUUUAAUUUUCGGGAUCCAGUGAUAAACAAUUUCAUCCCUCCCAUCGUGGCCAGAUACCUGCGGGUCAUCCCCCAGACGUGGAACCAGGGGAUUGCCUUGAAGGUGGAGCUCAUUGGUUGCCCGAUUACACAAGGUAGAAGUCUCGGAAACAAUGAUUCAUUGGUGUGGCGCAAAACCAGUUCCAAUUCAACGGAAAGAGAAGACGAGACAAUCACAAAACUCAUCCCUUCUGGAGAAAUGUCCACAGGAGCAAAGGUCGCAAUGGCUGUUCCGCUGCUGCUCCUUGCCCUGCUGUCUGUUGGAAUCCCUGCGGUCCUUAGAAAGAGGAAGAAGAAAGGAACUCCUUAUGCAUCCGCUAAAGCCCAAAAAACAGACUGUUGGAAGCAGAUUAAACAUCCCUUUGCCAGACAUCAGUCGGCUGAGUUUACCAUCAGCUAUGAUAAUGAGAAGGAGGUGACACAAAAGUUAGAUCUCAUCACAAGGGAUAUGGCGGAUUACCAGCUGCCUGUCAUGAUCGGCACUGGGACGGUCACGAGGAAGGGCUCCACCUUCCGGCCCAUGGACACCGAGGCCCAGGAGGCCGAGGCCAGCAGCCACUACCGCUGCCCUCUCCCCGGCAGCCACGAGUACGCGCUGCCCUUGACCAACCCCGAGCCCGAGUACGCCACGCCCAUCGUGGAGCGGCACCUGGCCCGCGCACACACCUUCUCGGCGCAGAGCGGCUACCGCGUGCCCACGCACAAGCACUCCCUGUCUUCUGGCAACUUCUCUGCAGCCCCCGCCGCCGGAGAGGGCGCCACGAACCUGGGCUAUCAAAGUCCACAGAGCCCGGUGCUCACCGGCCCCGACCCCGGCUACGAUCAGCCCAAAGCCGGGGGCUGCUUAUCCGCGGAGUGUGCACAGCCCGACUGCCAGCCCCCCACGCAUGAUGCUUACUCAGCCCCCCGAGACUGCCUCAAACCCCUCAACCAGACGGCCGUGACCGCUCUGCUGUGAACACAAUGUGAAAAGCCUGCUGUGGUACUGAGCACUGGGCUGUGCGCGGCGCUGGAGGAAGGGAGCUGUGUGUGUGACUGUGUGUGUGUGAGUGUAUGUGAUUGUGAGUGUGUGUGUGAGUGUGAGUGUAGGUGUGAUUGUGUGAUUUAAUAGGAUCCUGCGGUGGAGUCCCAGCGACCACCUCUCAUACUGUUUACAAAGUUGUGCAGUUGGUUUUGUUCUGACCCUUUGGGCACGAGUCUGUUGGGUUUUGUUAGGCUAGAAACAUUUUUGUUAGACAUGAAAAUUUUUAGUCGGCAUUUUCAUGUCUCUAACUGUGAUAUUGAGCUGCUCUGGUGUGCAAUGUGCAGUCUGUACAGAGUUGUAUUUAACAAGAGUGAAAGUAACUUAAGUUCGCUUUAUCGGAUUUGAGUUCUGCACAAGGUUAAGCGGGAGAAUGCAGCUGUUGCAAAAACGUAUAUAAUACUGUGUUCACUUUUUAAAGAUAUUUCCUCUGAUACUGUGUUAGCAGCGGGGCUGUUUAAACUUAAUCUUGUUAUUGUGUCUCAUUUCCUUUCCUUUGAUAACUAGAACUAAAAGCAUUGUUAGCAUUCUUCUCCUGGAAGGAAUUAAAUUACUUGAAGCAUGAAAAGCACACCAGGGUGGUUGUUAACAAUUAUGAUUGUAGAUUACACACACACACACACACACACACAACCACCUCAGCAACUGCUGGUCCUUUAGAUUUGGGUUCAGGUGGGGAUGUGCAGUGGCGGGUCUGGGCCUGCACUGGGCAGGCCUCUGCCUCAGGGGACCUCCCUGCCCUGCCCCAGAUACCUGCAUCCCAGAGGAACUGGCCUUCAUCACACUCUGCUUCUUCCUCAGGUCAGACCUGGCAGAGGCUGGCUUUCACAUGCACAUCCACCUUUACAAACUACCUGCAAAGCCAGAUGCUGAGACUAGCAGCAACCCAGAGGGCUGGCUCUCCCAACGAAAUGAAGGUGGCACAGCAAUUCCCGUCUGAAUCACUGUGUCGGGUGCUUUUGUACCUCAGAGUAAAAAUAUUGCUGAGGCCAGACACCCACACUCUUCAUGCCUUUUUUCUCUUUUCCAGAAAGAGCACAUUGUACUCUGUGUGUUCUUACAGAAGUGACCGAGGCCGAAUCUAAGUAAACCUCGUUAUGCUGAGGUGGUUGGGAACUGAACUGAUUUUGUAAGGAACACUUUUCCGAAGUACGUGUCUAAUUCCCCAUGAGCCCAGACCUCAGCUGUACCUCAUCUCCAGUGGCUUUUAUUUGAGUUUGCUUCGUGAGAUCACUGUGGAGGAUUUCACCUCUUUUGCCAAAGAGGAAAAUAUGUAUGUUUGUUUGUUUUUAUCUACACUUGUGGACCCAAAAACAUCCUUUCUCUAAAUAAUGUAUUAUAAUCUUACCUGUAUGAUUAUAACUUUCUGUGAAAAAUAUAAAUAUUAUAAUAGCGAGGGUGCUGGAACGUCACAGACUAUCUGUUGGUUAUUUUGGAGCAUAAAUGGGAUACUUCGUGGCAUUUACAUGGUUUUAUAUGCAUACUAAUAUAAUAAACUAUGCCAAAUCAAAGGCCUAUGCCUC